AUGUCACAACAGAACUUGUCGCAUUUGCUUUCGGUUGGGGUAAUAUCUCUCAUUACCGGCUUCUGUAUUAGUCAAUACUGUGGAACUAAGCAAUGCUCUAGAUCAAAAUUAAAAGACCUGAAAAAAAUUCCAAAGGUUCCAGUUGAGAAUUUAUCUACGGAGGAUGAGUCAGAAUACGAAGACGAUUCUGAAGAUGAGAGUAUUGAUAUCGAUUCUACGCCAUUAAAUGAUGUCCCAGGUGAAGUUCGUAUGACUUUGAUUGUUCGUCAAGAUUUAAAAAUGGGUAAAGGUAAAGCAGCAGCUCAAUGUCUGCAUGCUACGUUAGCAUUAUAUAAAAAAAUAUCCAACCCUGAAUCUGAAGCAUACAACCCUGAAAUGGUUAAUAGAUGGGAAUACGGUAACGGACAAGCAAAAAUCACAUUACAGGUGCCCAAUCAAGAAGAAAUGGAUACAUUAUUUGCUCAAGCCAUUUCAUUAGACGUAAAUGCAUAUAUAGUUCAUGAUGCUGGAAGAACUCAAAUUGCUGCUGGAAGUGCUACAGUUUUAGGAUUAGGACCGGCUCCCAAGUUAGUGAUAGAUCAAAUUACGAAAGAUUUAAAACUUUAUUAA